AGUUCCAUUUUUCACCAAUCAUACUGAAGCACCAGCUAUUAAUGAGAUGGAAUUUCCAACAGUGGAAGAAUCGAGGAAGCCAAGAAUUAAGUUAAAUGAGGAUCUUUCAUCUGGAGUUCGAGGUGACGACCAAGAAGGAAGCCGUACAGAUGAAGUACAAGUGGAACUAAGUAAUUUGGGAAGUAAUAACAGUUACUGUGAUCAAUCUUCAAAUACAGAACGGGAAGCCAUUUUACCAGCAAGUAGCAUGUCUUCAAGAAAUAGAAAGAGGAAGGACCCAAUCCAGAUUGAUCUUAUGAACUUGAUUAAGACUCAGCCCUCAAGAUGUAAUAGGGGACAAGGCGAGAAGGGAGGCAUGUCGAAGGUGGGCAGAUGGGUGCAGAAAGGCGACAGUAGAGUUUGGUACUCAGGAAACCAGUUGGAUGCUUCGAACCCCGAGAGGAAACGAGGCAAGAAGAAAGAGGUGCCUAAGAAAAAGAAGGUCACUGUUCUGAAAAAUGCUAUUCUCGAGGAAAGAGCAUUACGACAGAAGCUACGCGCUUCACGAGAGCAAACGCAGGAUGUGAACGUACAGCCUGAGUCUUCACAGGAACAAGUUGACGGCAUCGCUGUUGUUAACGGUGAUGAUGAAAUGACAGCUGAUUCCUGGGUAAAGCGAACUGCACCAGACAGAGCACCGUCUAAAACAAAAGAGAGCGUGGAUUUAUGUGUGACAGGAACUGACGUAUUUGAGGAAGUAGCAGGCGGUGGUAAUUUUAAGAAGGCGGGCGAUCUGAAUAUUACAGAAAUCUUAGAUUUAACACAGCACGUACAGGAGAAGUUGAGUUUAAGUACAGAUGAUAAAGCCAAAAUACUUUUACAAAAUAUAUCACAUGUACCUGAAAAUGCUCAAGAGGCGAUAAAGACGACUGGAAUGCAGGAGGAUGACUGUACUGUGGUCCUUCCUGAAUCACCAAAACAUGGCUGCACAGAUGUGAUUCAGAGAUUUUUUGUCCACAGUCGCAGAUUUAGAGAGUACUGUGAUAACUCUUUAACCGUCCCACUCAACAGUGCCGUCAAACUACUGCUCAAGGACAUUGUGAAGUUUCAAGAUCGUCAAUACCAUCGUGAUCCCGUGAAAGCAUUUGCCAAGCGCAGAUACGUGCUGGGAUUUCGAGAAGCUAAGAAGCACCUGCAGCUCAAGAGAUUGAAACUGAUCGUAGUAGCUCCUGAUCUUGAAGUUGCCAAAGUCAAAGGAGGAAUUGACGACACCAUAGCUCAACUGAAAGAAGACUCCACGGCCCAAGGAGUGCCUUGCCUGUUUGCCUUAUCUCGCAGAGAACUGGGCUUUGUGACUUUCAGGAAAGUUGGGGUCAGCUCCAUCGGCAUCUGUAGUUACGAAGGUUCGGAGGAAAACUUUAAGAAUGUGAUGGAGCAUCUGACGGAAGCACGGAGACACUACAAGGAGCAAACUCGGCUCACGUUAACGGCGCCUACUGUUGGUGCGGUCAGCGAUAUAGACGAGAAUGCAAGCGUGACCGAUCAGGUGAUUGCGUCGAUGUUGUCGAAACUGACAGGAAACUCUUCGGGGGACAGCUCGUCUGUUUUUAUUUCUGCCAUUGAACAUACAGCGAAUCAGGAAACAGAACUCUGAUUGUGUACGGUGAGUUACGUAUCGUCGUCGCACCUCUUGAUGGGUACUUGCAUAAUUAUGCGAUGUGGAAAUAAUAAAUGCGUCGUAUUCGGUUUUUCUUUCAUGUAAACAAGUUGUGUUCAGAACAUAUUUUUUAUUUUUGUUACAGCUAUAUUUUGUAUGGAUUUUGCUUUGUUUUAUUUGGAUUUUUUGUUUCCUUUGCCUCCCACUUUAAAUUUAUUAUUAUUGCUGUAUCAAAUGAACUUUUUAUUUGCUCAUUAAAUAAAUGUAUUCCCUUUUGAAUCCAUACCCCAAUCUUUAUCACCAUUCUAAGAUUGUAAGGUUAUGUUCAUGCCGCAAUGUAAUCCUAAGAAUAUUUUGUGGCAUCUCGUAUUAACCUUUAUCAUACAGGAAUAAAACUAACUA